UACCUUGACAGUGGUGAGCGAGCCCAGUUAGCAGCACUCCUUAGCUCCACACAGACUGACCUCCGCUCCCAACAUGGCUGGUGUUCGAGCUCUUGGCGUUCUCUCCCGAUUGUCAGCCAGACGAUAUGCUCUUUUCUCAGGCGGUACUUUUCGCACCUUCUCAGUAGCUCCUGCCAUGCUUGCCCGAACCCACGUUAAUUAUGAAGUCAAGAAGGAUGUUGCCGUCGUACGGAUCAACGACCCAAACUCCAAGGUUAACACGCUGUCGAUUCAGAUGCAGAAUGAGCUGACGGAAGUGAUGAAUGAAGUGUGGGCCAACGACGCUGUUCAAAGUGCUGUUCUCAUCUCCUCAAAGCCAGGAUGCUUCAUUGCAGGAGCUGAUAUUAAUAUGAUCCAGGCCUGCAACACUGCAGAGGAGGUUACAAAACUCUCCCAGGAAGGCCAGAGGAUGUUUGAGCAGAUUGAAAAGUCUCCUAAACCUGUUGUUGCUGCCAUCAAUGGUUCUUGUUUAGGGGGAGGCUUGGAGUUCGCCAUUGCCUGUCAGUACAGGAUUGCUACAAAGAGCAAGAAGACAGUUCUUGGUACUCCUGAAGUAAUGCUGGGCCUUCUACCUGGAGCUGGAGGCACACAGAGACUCCCUAAAAUGGUUGGUCUUCCAAGUGCCUUUGACAUGAUGCUUACAGGAAGAAACAUCAGAGCAGAUAAAGCCAAGAAGAUGGGGCUUGUCCACCAGCUUGUAGACCCUCUAGGACCCGGGCUGAAAGGUCCAGAGGAAAGAACAAUGGAGUACUUGGAAGAAAUAGCAGUUGAAUGUGCCAGAGGGAUCGUCAGCAAGAAGAUUCCUCUCCAGAAAGAGAAAACCCUGAUGCAGAAAAUUCAAGACUACGUGAUGAGCUACGAGUUUGUCCGCAAUCAAAUUUAUAAAACCGUCCACGGCAAAGUCAUGAAGCAGAGCAAGGGACUUUAUCCAGCCCCUCUCAAAAUCAUUGAAUGUGUGAAGACUGGAAUAGAGCAGGGCCCCACUGCUGGAUACUUGGCAGAGUCUCAGAAUUUCGGGCAGUUGGCGAAAACCCCCGAAUCCGGCGCCCUGAUUGGCCUGUACCACGGCCAAGUGGCGUGCAAGAAGAACCGCUUUGGGACGCCGGAAAGAGAAGUGAAAACUCUUGCCAUUUUGGGAGCAGGUCUGAUGGGAGCAGGUGUCGCCCAGGUGACGGUGGACAAAGGCAUCCACACAAUCCUCAAGGACACCACUGUGGAAGGACUGGCCAGAGGAGAGCAGCAGGUUUACAAAGGGCUCAACGACAAGACCAAGAAGAAGAGCAUCACAUCCUUUCAGAGGGACUCCAUACUGUCCAACUUGACCGGCCAGCUAGAUUACAAGGGCUUCGAAAAGGCUGACAUGGUCAUUGAAGCUGUGUUUGAGGAUAUUAACAUCAAGCAUGCCGUCCUGAAGGAGGUUGAAGCCGUGGUCCCCCCUCACUGUAUAUUUGCAAGCAACACAUCUGCUCUUCCCAUCAAGGACAUCGCUGCUGCCAGCAAAAGACCAGACAAGGUUAUUGGAAUGCACUACUUCUCUCCUGUGGACAAGAUGCAGCUGCUUGAGAUCAUAACCACCGAUAAGACAUCGAAGGACACCACAGCCUCUGCGGUGGCGGUCGGCCUGAAGCAGGGAAAAGUCAUCAUAGUAGUUGGGGAUGGACCUGGAUUCUACACAACAAGGUGUCUGGCUCCUAUGUUGGCUGAAGCCGUAAGAGUACUUCAGGAAGGUGUCGACCCCAGCAAGCUGGACGCCCUUACAACAAGCUUCGGGUUCCCUGUGGGUGCAGCCACGCUGGCCGAUGAAGUCGGUAUCGAUGUCGCAGCUCACGUGGCUGAGGAUCUCGGCAAAGCCUUUGGCUCCCGCUUUGGUGGUGGAAAUGUGGAGGUUUUAAAGACCAUGGUGGAUCAGGGAUUUAAAGGACGGAAAUCCGGAAAAGGUUGCUACGUCUACCAGCCAGGUCGCAAAGCCAAAGAUGUCAACCCGGAGGUUGGAGACAUUCUUAAGAAAUUCAGAUUGACACCAAAUCCUGCUGUUUCCUCGGACGCCGAUGUGCAGUACCGGCUCGUUUCUCGAUUCGUCAACGAGGCGGUGCUGUGCCUGCAGGAGGGCGUCUUGAACAACCCGUUGGAGGGAGACAUCGGCGCUGUGUUCGGGCUGGGGUUCCCCCCCUACCUCGGAGGACCUUUCCGCUUUGUGGACACCUUUGGCGCUGACAAACUGGUGGAGAAGAUGAGGAAGUUUGAAGCCGUGUACGGGAAUCAGUUCACUCCCUGCCAGCUCCUACUGGAUCACGCAAAGGAUUCCAGCAAGAAAUUUCACAAGUGACCGACUCACCGGUGUGGCCAGUAGCUCCUAACAAACUGCAGUUUGCCACUUGAAAUGUGCCUAACGACGAUUAACAGGGAGGGUGAACAUGCUGACGGCACACUUGGGCUGUUUAUUAGGUGCCACCAACCUAAAUGGGUGCUAUCUGAUGGAGAGACUCCUGCAAUAAUUCCUACAUUCAUUACAGUUCUAAGGUUUUAUUUGUGCUCAUUUAAGGAGGUACAAAGUAAAGUUAAGGAUCAUUUCUGAAGGUUUAAUUAUUUUCCCUCCUACUGUAGCUGUAUUUAACUUGUACUCAUUGAAUUUUUUUUUUAACAAUGAGGAGCUUCUAAAGCUUUCAAAAUGGUCAUGAACUUGAUUGAACACUGGAACUGUUUGAACAGAAGUGGAACGCAACAGACUGCAUUGAUCAUUAUUUAGCUGGGUGUACCUAAUAAACUGGCCAGUGUGUGCGGGUGGAAGUCUGUUUUAAUUCUUUUUUACAUGAAUGUUCACUUGAUAUAUCAGGGUGUAUGGACAUUAGUUAUUUACACGUUUCAUCUGUAAAGACAUUUGCCAAGAAGAAACCUUUCCUGCUGCCAAGUGACUUCUCGACUAUCAGUGAAUGUUAAGGUGCAUCAUGGAUCAGCAAGUGUCUUGUUUUCUUUGUACAUUAAAGGUUUCCUUGCUUGGUAUGGAGAAAUAUGUAAAUGUGAAGCUUCAAUAAAAAAAUUCAUUGAUUGAG